AUGGCGGCUGCCCGCAUCACGGCGUCCCGCGCCAUUGAUCGCGUCUACUUUGGUCAAGCCAUUCGAUUGUCUACGGUAUCAACAGCCACAACUCGUGCCAGAGGUCCCUCGAGCACACUCUAUGCUCUAAGGAACAUUCAAUCGAGACAAAACAGCACGGCGAAGACUCCACCAAGCAAUGCGAACAAGAAGAACACGGAUCCCAAAUCCCCGCCUCCGCCCCCUCCAAUACGAUCCUUAUGGCGAUUAAUGUCAUUUCGCAAUCUCAUGAGCGCCUUGACACCGCGGGGAAUGAAGAAACUAUUCAAGGAAAGCCCAGAAGAGCUGACACUAGCACUGGUAAUCCUGGCAGGCUUGGCCGGUGUUGCCGUUUACAUUGUCAAGUUGUACUUUGACUAUUUCCAGGCCCGCCAGUUCACCAAAUACCCUCCACCAAUCGCAAAGGCCCUCAGACGAGCACUCUACUAUACGAACAUCAGCCCCGAUGCAAACCUGGCGAAGAAAUACUAUAAGCAAGCCCUCGAGCUAUGCAAUGAGCUUCAGUUGGACCCGUUCUCUGAUGAUGUCCUGGGCAUCAGGAUCCAGACCGCAGCUUGGCUGGAGAAGAUUGGCAACUACCAAGGAGCCAUUCUUGUUCUCAACUCUGUUAUGGAUGAUUGUACCAAGUGGGUGGAGUGGUUCGAGAAAUCAGUUGCAGAGGGCACGGUAGAUAAGUCCGGAAUACCGGCUGCGGUCAGGGUAUUGUCCGAAGAUCAACGCCCAACCGUUGUCGAGGACGAGGAAGAGAUGGUCCCCGAGAACUUGUGGCACAAGCGCACAAGACUCCUCGCGAAAGCUGUGGGCACCAGCACCAAGCUCGGAGCUCUGUAUUCCGACAAGCACGUCUUGGAGCCCGACAAUGCGCAGGCUCGUUUGACUUGGGCUGUAGAGACUGCACUGUCAGAAGCCCGACGACGCCAUAAGGAGAGCGUCAAGAAGGAGGAGGGUGCCUGGAUGAGUCCGGAGGAAAUUGGUGGUGCCAUGGAAUUGAACAACCUGGCCGUGGCUUUUGCUCAACAUCCCACGCAGGCAUCUCUCGAGACUAUUUCUGGAGCUCCUUCAACUUCUGAUGUCCUUUUCAGUCCCGACAUGCCAACAGAUCGGGCAGGACUUUUGGAGGCGGCAAAGAAUUGGGCCCGCAAUGCUUACUCACACGCGAAAGACGUGAAGGGCGACGAUCGUACAGAGGAGUGCGAUGAAGCAUGCGCAGUUGCCCUGACGAACAUGGGUGACAUUGCUGCAAUGCUAGGCAACAAGAUUGACGCUCGCAAACGCUUCCAACAGGCUAUAGAGAUGAGCAAGAAGAUUGGCUUCGAACCUGGCGUAGCCCAAGCUGAGGCUGGACUACAGAAGCUCUGA